AAUUAAUAAUGAUAACAAAUACGAAUGGAGUAGCAUACAACAUAUAUCAUUUGUUAUGGUUUAAAGAUGAAUCAUUAUUAAAAGAGUCUUUUCAAAUAAGAAUACCAGACACUUUAAUUUAUAAAAAUGGUUUUCCUUAAGUAAAACUAAUCUAAAAUUAGGUUUGGUACUUUACAAGUAAAGAAGGUGAGAUUAUGACUAAGAAAUCUGAAGCUCGAAAGUCUGAAAAUUUAAUAAGACAUUUUUGUUAAGGCGAUAAACCAAAUGGAUAAGUAAUAGCAUUCUAUAUAUACCCUUAAAAAUAUAAUCAUCCUGAUCCUAAAGAGGAGAAACCAUUUCCAAAUCAAUCAAAAAAGGCAAAGCCUCUCUUAGACUUCGAUGAAAAGAUAUGCAUUUAUUAUAUAACGAAAUAAAUGUUCCCUGAAUUUGUAAAUUCCCAAAAUAAACCACCUUCAGGGAUAUUAUAAAAGUUUAUAGAACCUUUAGGAAAUCAUGAAUCUUUAAUUUAAGCAAUUUGGAGUCCAUCUGUAUGUAUACUUUCAAAGAAACAAAACAAUAGGGAUUUAUAUGAUAUGUCUUAUGAUCCAUAUGGUGAAAAUAUAAUUUAUAAUAGAAAGAUGCACAACAUUUGAUGGAGGAGAAGCUUAUUCUAGAGUAAUUCCUUUAAGAGGGAAGGAAAUAUCAUAAGAAAUAAGAAAACAAUGUUAGAUGAUUGUAUAGAAGAUUACAAAUUUAAGUUACGGAUAGACAAAUUUAUCUAGAAUAGUAUUUUAUUUUAAAGCAGACUAAGUAACUUUAUAAUGGAUCUAUGAUUAGAAUAAUAAAGUUUGGUUUUUGUAUUCUUCUUCAAUUAGACUAUAAGGAGAGGCUUAGUCAUAAAUAAAGUUGUAUAAGGCCUUAUGGGGUAAUACAAACGUGAAGAAAAAUAAUACUCCAAUUCCAUUUAACACUAAUUUUCAAAAACCUCAUUCAAUAAAAAAUAUGCUUACAGUAAAUACCAUGCAUCCAGUUGCUUUAAUUAAAGAUAUUGAAUGUUUUGAGUGUGGAGUUUUAUGCUAAUAGAAAGGUGAAUAUUUCAAAGUAAUAUUUAGAUUUAUAUAAUUUGACGUAUGAGUAUAUAAUAAAACAUUUUGACCAAGAUGCAAAUCAGCAUCCACUUGUUAAUAAUAUUGAAAUAAUAAAACCUAAAUCCUUUUAGUAAUGUGAAGGUCAUCUUAGAGAUAUACAUUCACAUAUUCCACAACUUAUUUUAAAGCUUUAUCCACAUUUAACAGUGCAAUUAUUUGAAUAAUUAAAAGUCAAUGAUGCAUUUUUAAUAAAAUCUAUUCUCAUUUGUGAGACUUGCUUUUUAAAAUAUAGUGAAUCAGAUCCAGGUAUUUCAGGAGCUAAAUUAAGAGUGUCUAAAUAAUUGAGGAAAAUUGUUAAAUAAUAACCAUCUAAAAGUAUUCUUAAUAGAAGACCAGAUUUGAAGGAAUUCUUAAUAGAAACAAAUUUAGAACUUUUGAAAUACAAAAAUGCGCAUUCAAUAAGUCAUUAAAAAGAAAUUUAAAUAUAGAAUAGUCAUGUUACUACAUCAUUUUUGCAUUCCUUUCAAAAUAUCACUCAAAGUACAAAUAUAGGAAAAAGCCCUUCAUUAAAGCAAUUUCGAAAUCCAACAGAUCCUGGAUAUAUUAGAUUAAAUACAGCAAAAUGA